AUGUCUUGUUUCACUGCUCCCUCUCCUUCUUUUUUUCACUCUUUCUCUGUUUCUUAUCUAUAUGUGAUUUUUUUUAUCAUUCUUUGCACAAGUAGCAGGAGGAUACCAUCGAUACCUGGUAGAAUUUCUCUUUUAUUUUUUUUCAAUCGUUCUAUUUCUUUUGUUUUUCUUUUCUCUCUCUCUCUCUCUCUCUCUCUCUCUCCCUCCCUCUCUCACUCACUAUCUUUCUCUUUCGUUUUAACGUUUUUCUUUCUUUCUUUCUUUCUUUCUUUCUUUCUUACAUUUUUCCUCCUUUCAGGUUUUCUUUAUUUCUUUAAUACCAAAUUUCUUUCUUCCUUUCUUCAUUCGAGGCUUCUCUCUUCUUCUGACCCCACCCCACCAUUAAAUUAUUUCAGGCUUUCUUUCUUUCUUUACUUUAGGCUUCUUCUUUCUUUUGUCCCCCACUCUCUUUAUUUAUUUCAGACUUUCUUUACUUUAGGCUUCUUCUUUCUUUUGUCCCCACCCUCUUUAUUUAUUUCAGACUUUCUUUACUUUAGGCUUCUUCUUUCGUUUGUCCCCACCCUCUUUAUUUAUUUCAGACUUUCUUUACUUUAG